AUGUCAAGCAAAAAGAGCAUUAAACCAAAAGAGAAUGUAUCCAUAGAUAGCAGAUUAAACACUUUGGAAUGUAGUAUCCUUUUUUAAUUUAAGCUAAUUUGAAUAGAGUUUGUAUAUAACAUGAUGCUUUGAUGCCAAUAGUAAAUGAAAUCCCUCAUGUGUAAAGAUUGGAAUAAUAAAUAAAAAUACUCUUAAAAAAACAAGAAGAACUUGAAAAGGUUAGAGAUAAAUCAAGAGAAACCUCAACCAAUACAAGCUUUAGUGAUUUCAAAAGUAAUAACUAAAAUAAACCAUAUGAAAAACAGUUGAAUGAUUUAACAUUAAAAAUGAAUUACUUGGAUAAUCAAUUGCAAGAAUUGUAAAAAAAGAGUCAAGGAAGAGUGGAAUAAUAAUUCAGAAUGUUUUCCGAUACUCAAGAUAUUUAGAAAUUAGAAUUAUUUGUUACAGAGGAAUUAAAUAAUUUUAGAAGUGAAGUUCAAUUAGAAUAUAAAAAUAUAUACAAAGUAUUCAUUUAUAAACUAAUAUUAGGAACUUAAUGGAUUAAGAUGUGAUCUUGAAUAUAUAAUGAAUAAUACUAAGAAAAAUAAAGUUACUCAAAAGAUUUAGACUAUGAAUGUUAGUCCAGAUGAUAAACUCUUUGUCAUUAAUUUAUUGGAAUAAGAAACUAUCAUAGAAGAAUUAGAUCAUUAUGAAAAUGAGAAUACUUUCAGAUUAUUAUAUGAAUUAGAUUAUUUUGAAUAAUAAAAAGAAUCUAUAUCGACCAUGGAUCCAUAAUAAACUCAAAGAGAAAGUUUGUAUCUAGAAGAAAAAUUAAUUUCUUUAAAAUAUUAAUUAGCUGCUUCCAAAAGAAAGUACUUGUUUGAAAUUAAAAAAAUUGAACAUAAAUUUUAAGUGAUUAAUGAAAUUAUAGAUUAGAAUCAGAAAUAUCUCAACUAUUAAUAACAGAUUCACAUUUUAAUGUAAAGAAUGAGUAAAAUUGUAACAAGAGUUCAUCAAAAUAUAGAAUGUAUCUUUUAGAAGAUUAAUUCUUUAGAUAAGAAAUGA